AAUAGCCCAGACCCAUAUUUAAAUGCGCGCGCUACCUCCUCUUUCUAUGGCGCGAAUCUGGUGAACUUGAUCUCUGACUUGUCGUUUCUCUUUGUCUGAUCCGAGUUUCAUCUUUUUGUACACCAACUGUUCGAUGAAAUGUCUUUCAGAAACUUCGUCCUGAUUCAUUUACCUCACUAGUUGCUCACCUUCUUCAUCACUGGUGUACCAUCUAAAAGUCGUAGACUUCCAGUUUACUUAAGCUUGAAGAUGAGUUCUACUGUUUGGUGGGAAGGAGUUGAGAAGACACGAGUUCUCAUUGCCCCAGAUUCAGGAUGUGGUGGAGGCAAACCUGGAGAACUAUUAACACUUCGCCAUCCAAAAUCAGAAAAUGGAACCUGCUACCUUUUUAAUAAUGGCAUGCUUCAAGAGAUUCAAUGGUUUAAGCAAUCAUAUGGUUCUUGGUUCCUGGGAGAUUACAUUUCUCAAGAUGGAAGCUUAUAUAUGGCCACACCGGUUGAUCCUGUUUUCAUCUUGUUACCUGUUUUCGACCAAGCAAGAAUGAAGAAAGGUGAUGAUCCUGGGAAGUUCAGGCAACUGGAUGAGAUUUUAUUUGUGGAAGGAUAUCCUGACUAUCAACAUCUGUUGUCACUUGCAGAGAAGUGUAUGGAGAUCGUUUGUCAAACUCAAGAGGUUGGAUCUAUGAAGUUCUAUCGCCUUGAUAACUCGAAAGUUUUAGCUUGGUUAACUUGUAAGGUGCGCUGUUUAAAGAAGACUCUACCGGCAUUGGACAAGAACUAUGCAGCUCAAGAUGAGAAACAAACAUUGGUGGAUGCAGUUUCAAUUGUGGGAGAGUACCUGAAGACAGAGCCUUGGUUGAAGCUUCUGUAUGAUCAUCUCGGACUCGAGUUUGUUGACCCAGUAACGAAAGAAACCAAUACGGAGACCUUUCCAAAUGCAAUUGAGAAUAAGAUGGACUACUCAAAUUCAUCACAGGAGAAAGCAAACAAGAAGACAGGCAAGCCUGGGAAACAGACAAAGCAAGCAAAGGUAGAGACUGGAUCAAAGAACAUAAGGGAUAUGUUUUCAAGGGCUUGUAAGAAAAAGUGCUGAAAUACUAUCCAACUGCUUAUGAUUGUUAUUUUCAGCUAUCUUAAACAAAGACCGAGUCACAUUUUAUUUGGAUUCUAAACUUCUAAUUAGUGUUUUAAUUAGCUGAAAUAUGUAUUGCUCGUUGAUACAAAAAUCUGCUUAUCAAUGUAAGAUUUCACGACAAAA